AUGUGGAGCACACGGGACUCUCGCUUUAUACGCAGUCGCCGAGUCCAAGCGGUAUAUCGCCGGUUUUUUCAAUACAGUGCCAUGCUGAUUUAUUUCUUUGCACGUGUGCUUGAUUUCGUGAGGCUCAAGUACGAUUGCGAAAACCAUCGCAUGCAGAAGUUCAAACAUCAUAUCCUAAUCGUUGUGGCAAUAGUUAUUUAUAAGCUCUAUUUUGUGAUCAACCAAUGCCAUGAACUCUUGAUGUUUUAUCAACUUCUAAGACGAUUCGUAUAUAUCGUCGAUGAGAGCCAGGGUCAAUAUUUGUUUAUUUUUGUGCUAAGCUACGCCUAUAUGCUAAUUUUUGAAGUUCAAAUACAUACUUUAUGUUACUAUCCACCAUAUUGUGAAGAAUUGAAGUACUUAAUCAAUGAAAUACUCAGUAUCACAAGAAUAAUUGAAGAAAGAUUUGGGUUAAUUUACUACUGUGACGCGUACCUGCUGGGCCUUAACAUAAUGAAAUUGUAUCUGUCCUACAUGUACCAACUAGACCUGUUAAAUCGUAAAGGCUAUUCCUAUAUUAUACAGUCUUAUUGGAUGCUUUUCGAAUACGUAACGUUUGCGUACUUCAUCUAUCAGUUACUACUGCUAAAUUGGCAGCGGAGCCUUGUAUUCUUCUUACAACGAUGUAUUGAGCAUCCAAAGAGACUGCGUGCUAUGUCCUCGAAGUACCGAAAUAGUAUACAAUGGAUACUACAUUUGAAUACGCGCAUCAGUAAGCUUCAUGACAGAAUGUCCCAGACAUUUUCCUGGAUAAACAGAGCUGUAUACUCUAACAUAUUGACUAGUAUAAAUAAUAUGGAACUUAUGCUUGAAUGCAUAAUCUACUCCGUUGAUGAGAUCGAUGAUAAAAUACAUAUAGUCUUGAAUAAUUUAGCAGCACCAGCUGUGCUACCAAUACUCAAUAUCUUCAUAAUUGGCAUAUUGAUGGAUAAAAUGCGGACAGUACAAGAACAGCUUCAGCUACAAAUUGUUAUAAUCAAUGCGAUUUAUUAUCGGUUGAAUAUACGCUUCAAGAAUAAGGUACAGGAACAUUGUUAUGAGUUCACUUCUUUAUUAUUGGAAAAGAAGCUGAAACCUUUUAGGAACAUUAGCAUAUUGGACAAUAACUGCGAUCGUGUAUUCGUCCUAAAUUAUUUUAUGACUAUUAUGACAACUACAUUUGCCUCAACUGCGAACAAACUGGCGAGUAUUAUCUACAAUAAUCUUAACGUUAUCGUUACUGUAUCAUCCGGCAAGUAUCAUCCACAAUAA